AUGGAUGAGGUAGUAACAUGUUCAUAUGGUGACCAUCCGUUACAGAAGGUAAAGGUAUGGAAUUAUGAUGCUGAGAACUUGAACACGUAUAUUUAUAUACAUGGUGGUGCGUGGAGAGAUGCUAGCAAUACGUUUGACGAACUUGAGCCUGUAGCGGAAUUGAACCGAGAAUCAACCUUUUUUGGCAUCAAUUAUCGGUUAUCACCCGAGAUCAAGCAUCCUUUGCAUUUGAUAGAUAUCGGUAAUGCCUUGUUUUAUAUUGCAACAAAAUUCAAGGUGGGAAAGUUGCAUUUGUUGGGGUAUUCAGUUGGCGCAACAAUGAUACUCCAACUUUUCCGCUACUUUGACAUUAUUGAACAAGGAUUUCUUGCUCUAAAAAUAACGAACGACUUUGAAAAAGUUACUAAAGAAGUUGAGAGGUAUAUGGCUAGUACCCAAAAAAGGGAAUUCAAAAGUAUGGUUAAAACAGGAAAGUUGAGUUUCACCAGUGUCAAGUUCCUUGAUGGUAUUUAUGAUGCGCUGAGCUUAAUUAAAGAGUACCCUUCUUACCUGCUGUUUAUCUUGGAUGCUUUUCCAUCGAUAAACUGUGCCAAAUCGAGUAUUUCCUUACCCAGUUUACUAACAAAAGAAAAUCUAUUCGAAAACAAGUUUAUCAAUGAAAAUACAAAGCUCAUCAUUUGUCAAUCCUUGGAGGAUGAUUUAUUAUCCAUGAACCAAACUAAACACUUGAUAGAUUUCCUUGUCUCAAAACAAUUGGGAUUCUCUUUACACACUGGUAAUUGGGGAAAACAUGACGACAUCUACGGUGAUCAACGAAACAAAGUUUUUGUAGGUGAUUCUGUAAUAUUGUGUUAUACUAAGUCAUGA